AUGAAGAAGGUGGUUUACUUGGUGUUGCUUCUCAUGAUUGUGGCCAUUGCUGGGGCAGAAGCUGAUGGCUAUGGCGUGUGUGGCAAGUUCAGUCCAGAUAGAAUGCUCACACAUGUCCUUCGUCACUGUGCUAAACCAGCCAGAGACUUAACUGUUCCUGUGUCUCCAAAAUGCUGCGAACCUCUGUCACAAGUUUCAGAGGAAUGCUUCUAUGCCAUCAUCAAAUCUGACACGUGGAAAUACUCAGGCAUCAAUCCUAGAAUCGCCUUCACCAUUCCCAGACGUUGCCACCUCAUUCCACACCACCCCUAG